AUGCGCGCCAGAAAACUCCGUACGCGUGAUCGCCACGAGUCGAUAACGACUUACGUCGAAACUGGAUUCCAUGGAAACCACUGGCCGCCUCCUCGACCUGACACUGUCACCCCUACGUGCUCACCCCUAUCGAUCGGCACUCAAUCGAUACCGGGCGAAUUCGGUUCCUCUGCACUACUUCUCUACAUACAGACCCACUCGCUAUUGAUUCUUGAUGUUUGUGUUUUCUUUCGUGUGAUAGAUGAAAAGUACUGUGUUGUUGUCACAUGUGUCACAGCGCUACAUUUUACCGUUGAAGUCAACAACUCAAAUCAUCCAGAGGUUGUUGGUUUGGACUCCUUUCGCAAAAUCUCUGAAUUGCUGCUGAAUGAUAUUGCGAAUUACGUCGACGUGGAAUUUCCCACGCAUUAG